AUGACUUGUACCUACGGCUGGAUUUACUAUAGAGAAGGAACAUACCCCAACACAGAUAGCUUCCGGGUCGUUAGUUUCAGUGACCUAUACCAUUUACUUGUCAUUCUAGUAGUGACAGUUUACACAGUUUCUGGACAGUCCAUUACCAUAACAGGGACAAGUACUUUGCUAACACCAGCAUCAGAACUGAAAAUUACUUGUCAACCAAGUACAGUUGGUUUAAAGGAUGUCAAUAGUAUUACCAUUAGGAAAAAUACCAGCACUACAGAUUAUACAGUACUAGUGUCUGUUUCCUAUGAAAAAUCCUCAGGAUCAUCAGUAUACUCGUGGGGUACAACAGGUAAUCAGGGCAGACAAGGGGUGACAGUGACGGGAAAUGUGGACUCUGUGUCUGGUGCUCAGCUCGUAUUAACUAUUGCAGCCAACAGGACGACAUGUACCGAUGGUGGAGCCUAUCAAUGUAAAAUGGGAGUCACUCUGAUAGGUGGUAGUGGUGGGACAGCUUCUGAUGAUAAAUAUGUCACUGCUAAAGAAAGUCCUACCUAUACCAACUCUCUGUCUGUGACACCAUUACCUAAUGUGAACAGUGUUUACUAUUCUGUUGGAACGGUGUUGACAUUCUCCUGUACUGGAACGGUUGGCACAGAUAAACAGAGACACACCUGGUGUUACAAGCGAGCCAGUGACAGCUCAUAUACGGGUUACCCGAUCGCAUCACAUAUAAAUCAGAAUGAUGAUGGUUUGGUCAAGGAGAACUGUAAUUACAGGCGUACCAGUACACUUACCUACAACGUAACUUCUGCCGAUUCUAACACCACGUUUAUGUGUGAACCGUACACUGGAACUGUGUGUGGCUCUAAUCCAGCGCAGCUGAAGUCUUAUUAUUCCAUCAGAAACUAUAUUUCUUCAUCAACGACAACUGUAUAUUUUCAAAACACAGAUAACGUCGGAUCUUGGAUUGUCGCCGGUAUUUCCAUUGCUGUUAACGCAUCUCUCGUCGUUUGUGUUGUUUGUCUCUGGCUGAAAGUACGAAAAUACAAAGAGCUUUUACACCAACAAGUGGACUACGAGGUGGUCAAUAAGGGAUCUCAAAACGGAAAUGAACAUGUGUAUAAUAUUCCUGAACAUUACGAAAUACCACGUAUAUAGACAGAGGUCCUAGUGUAAGAUACCUGUUUUAUAACACCCUAGCUGUAUGUAUCGAUGUGGUACCAUUAACGUUUCUAGUUUUCAUAACGGAAGUUUUAGUUCAAUCGAGGAAUCAGAUUAAGCAUAUAUUGUCUGAUCGAUUACUAAGAACAAAACAUUUUAACAAAAAUAUCGACGAAACUUUGAAAACAUUAAGAAAGGAAUGCAUCAUGUUGUCCUUCUGGUACUCGUCAGUGAAGCGUGUGGUAGAAUGUUAGGGUUUAAUUGUGGGAAAACUACAAUUUGCUGAAAU